AUGGCCAGACUGGGGCCUGCAUUCGUUUUUGCACAAAUUGACUCGACUCGAAAGGUGGAGGCGGCAAUCCUUGUAAUCGUUGCCAGCAGCGUCAGAGAAAAUGCGGAUUCGAGAGUUCAAGCCGCCGGCAAGUUCCAGGGUUACGAUAUGAUUAUUCAGAGUAAGUCUAUUCUGAACUUCUUAGUCCUCCAGACGAAAUUGGCUACUCACCUUCGUAACAGGAAUGGAGAGCCUUCGGAACGGAAUGCCACUGAGCUUCAAAUGAAGCGGAUCAUCACACACUUCCUCGGAGAUGUUUCAUUUGAACCAAGUGCUCUCCAGAAAAUUGCCGAUUCAUUAGAACAGGGACAGCAGGCACCGGAGCAACCAGAUAGUAAUUCAAACGACGCUGCUCUGGGAGAUCAUUACUCGGUCGACCUGCUUUCGACCAGCACAAUGCAUUAUUCAGGAGAGCUGUCCCAUUGGAACUUCUCUAGAAUGCUCGAGCGGCGGCUUCGAACCUUUGGGGACCAGACACGACAAACCGAGGACUCUGCCCACGCAACGGGGUUUCAUCGAGCCACCGACCUGCACUCGUCGGGCUCCAGUGUCACUCUGGCAAAGUCAUAUUUCCCCCCAAAACACAUCGCAGAAUUCCUAACAAACGCCUUUAUCAAGUUCAGCCAAACAAACUACUUUUACUUUGACGAGUCUACGUUUCGCCAAAAACUAGACUUUUACUACAGCACUCCACAUCCACCCUCGAUCAAUGAUGCCGGUUGGAUAUGUACUCUUCUCAUGACUUUCGCAAUUGGCACACAGUUUGCACAAAUGCAAGCCAAUUCAACACCUGGUAGUAUCAACUCUUCUACGGAAAGGACUCCCGAUGAUCAAAUCGGGUUGGAACUUUACCGGUUUGCAUGUCGACUCAUUCCGGAUCUCAUAACAGUUGCAAGUGUGGAGACUGUCCAGGCCUUUUUGUUGAUGGGAGUUUAUACCUUGCCGAUCGACACGGCAGGUUUGGCAUACGUAUACUACGGUUUGGCGAUCAAGAUGGCGAUUCAGAAUGGGAUGCAUCGCAAGCUACCUGAGGGUAAUUUGGCACCGGAGAUUGUCGAAGUGCGGAAUCGGCUUUGGUGGUCUGCAUACUCGUUGGAACGUCGAAUCGGUAUUCUACACGGCCGCCCUGUGUCUGUAUCUCCUGCUGAGAUCGAUGCUCCAUUGCCCACCGACCUACCCGCUCUGAGACCGAUAGGCCGAUCGACCAAUCUACCCAACUUCACCGCUGCAAUUGUCUUGACAGAUCACUUGGCAAAGGCUUCCGAAGCGAUGAAGUCACUUAGAAAUUGCCCAAAGCCCAGAAAGAAGCAAUUCCUUCGACAACUUGCUUCCACGCGCGAUCAACUCAGCUCAUGGUGGGACAGCCUUACCAGUGAGAUUCACUGCCGAGAUCUUGACGCCACAGGAGCAUUCUUCCGUUGCAAUGUGCACCUUGAGAUCUAUUACAAGACGACUUUGAUAUACAUGGGUCGCCCCUUCAUCAUAUCGCAAGUAUCUUCCGGCAUGCUUGACUCGGUGGACAGUAGCAGGACCCAUGAAGUCCCUGAUAUCGUCAACAUUCUUCGCCGCGACUCACUUCAUGCAGCGCUCAGAGUGAUUGAGCUUUGCCAACUCUUGCAAGAUACCGUUGGCCUGGCGCGUGUCUCAUACACCGAAUUCAAUGGAUGCCGCGUUGCUUUGCUGGCACUGAUUGCGCAUAGCAUCAACGGGCCGUCAAGCAAUAUAUCACGAAGCCUGAAUCAAGGCAUGGCGCUUAUUCGACAGAUCUGCACGGGGUUGGAAUCUGCACAGUCUGAGGUGGCUGUUAUCGAAGCGCUUGAACGAGCCAGGCAGCGACUGCACAAUCAUUCAGUGGCAGAGCAGAGUGGAUCUACAGAUGCUGUAACGGGCUAUGACCAGUUCAGAGAAUGGACCAAACUCUGGCAGAGUGAACCGUUGGAGGGAGGGAAUCUAGGAUUUUCAAGUGGCCUGGAGAUGUCCUUUGAUCAGCACACUCCUAAUUCUGUUCCUUCUUUUGAUGGGUUCUUCUCAUCUUUCCCGAACGAGCUCAGUGAAUUUGCUGCUAUCCCGGGGAUAUAUUACGAUCUGUCACUUGGCCAGGAGUGGAUGACUGAGCCGCAAGCUGAAGGCUCGGAGUGGUCAGUGAAUGCACCACUCUGA